AUGGAAGACCUGUUCUUACCCCUGACGAACAAGGUGGGAAGACGGCAAGUGCAGGACCUGACGAACGAGCUACGGACGAGGCUGCCCAGCUACAUGAUACCGACGAUGUUUGUGCCGUGUCGGUACAUGCCGUAUUCGACGAAGCUGGACAGGAAAAUACUGCGGCAAAAAACGGCGGCGCUAAGCAGAGAUGGCGUAGCCAUGUAUUCACUUGCGAACUCUGAGAAGAAAGCCCCUGAAACGGCUUUAGAAACCCAGAUGCAACGGCUAUGGGCUUCAGUCCUCAAGGUGCCUGCGGAAUCGAUAGGGCGGGAUGACAAUUUCCUACAGAUCGGCGGUAACUCGAUUAGCGCGAUCCGCCUGGUAUCGCAGGCACGCGAUAACGGCAUCGCCUUGACGAUAACGUCCAUCUUUGAAGAUGCCCGGCUGUGGCGCCUGGCCACCACGGCUGGCUCGCCUGCUGCCAGCGCUUCGCCGCCGCCGCCGCCGUUGUUCAGCCUGCUGCUAGAUGGCCGCGCCGACGAGGUCGUGGAUCAGGCGCGAAGGCAGUGUAACCUGUCCGAGGACCAAGCCAUCGAGGACGCCUACCCAUGCACGCCGCUCCAGGAAGGCCUCAUGGCGCUCGCCUUCACGCAGCCGGGCUCGUACAUGACCACGUGGGUGUACAAAUUAGCCCCGCAUGUGGACAUUAUGCGAUUUAAACAUGCCUGGGAGGGGACCGUAGCUCUCUGCGUGAGCCUCCGGACACGCAUCAUCCUGGCGGACGGCGGCUCCCUCCAGAUCGUCCUCAGGGACGACGUGUCGUGGGAGGCGUGGGCGUCGCAGGGAGCCGGCGGAAUCGACUCAGCCAUAGAAUUCGCCGUCCAGCAGACCCACAAGACGAAGAUUCGAACAGGGUCGCGGCUUUGGCGGUACGCGCUGACGGAGGGAGCGGAUGGGCAGAGGUACUUCAGCUUGAUCGGACACCAUGCCGUGUUUGACGGCUGGAGUAUCGGCCUUACCAUGCAAAGUUUGCAGUGCUUGUAUGAAAACGCCACGGCCCCUGCACUGGAGCCGUACUCGCGCUUUAUCCAAUAUAUCGGAGGCCUUGAUUGCGAGGCGAGCGAGAGGUUCUGGGCGGAGCAGCUCCAGGGGGCCGGGCAGGCGGCCUUCCCGUCUCGCAAGGCCGGCGUGGCCAACACCACUGCAGGCUCUGUACUCCGAACGGUGACGAGAUCCAUCGUCUUCCCCCAGUCAGCCUCAUCGUCUUCUAUCACCAAGGCCACUGUCCUGCGGGCGGCAUGGGCGAUAGUACUUGCGCGAUAUUGUGACACGGACGAUAUAUGCUUCGGAGCCUCAAUCUCGGGCCGCAAUGCGCCGGUGCCGGGCCUGGAGAGCAUGUGCGGCCCGCUAGUGGCCACCAUUCCAGUUCGAUUGCGUCUCGACGCCAAGCAGACAGCGGCCGACUUCCUCCGUCACGUACAAGCGCACGCAUCCGGAAUGACUCCGCAUGAGCAGUUCGGGCUGCAGAAUAUUAUGAAGCUCGGUGAGGGCACACGAGAGGCCUGCGACUUCACCAGCGUGCUGGUAAUCCAGCCGGCUGAGAUUCUCGCUUGCGGUCACACGGUUGACUCCAUCAUGGUUCCUGCCGCGAGAUCUGGAGUGGCGUCUCUGUAUGAGUACUUUGGCUUCCCGCUGGUCCUGCAGGCGUACCUGUGUGACGAAGACGUAGAAUUCGCCGCCACGUACGACGCGGCGUGGAUGGUGGAGGCGCAGGUCACGGCCCUAUACCACCAUUUCGAUCGCGUCGUCCAGCAGCUGCUCGCGCCGGGCGAGACGCUGCUCGGCGACGUCUCCCUGACUGGCCCGUGGGACCUGCAGCAGGCCAUAGCCUGGAACCAGGAGUGCGCUGAGCCUAUCGACGAUUGCGUCCAUUAUAUCAUCGAGAGGCAGGCUCGAAAACGACCAGACGAGCCAGCUAUCUGCGCGUGGGACGGGGAGCUCACGUACAGCGAACUAGACGCUGCGGCCGAUGGCUUGGCGCGCUACCUUGCCAGGGAGCAUGGCGUGGUAGCGGGAGACUUCGUGCACGUCUGCUUUGAGAAGUCUGUCUGGUUCUACGUCUCGAUCCUGGCUAUCAAUAAAGCCGGUGGUGCCUGGGUUACCCUAGAUGCAGCACAUCCGACCAAACGGCAACAAGAGAUAGUGCAGCAAACCAAGGCCAAGCUUACCCUCACAUCGGCAGCCAAUGCUGAGAAGUGCAGAGGCCUAGGGAUAGCAUAUAUUGCAGUGACGACGGCCUUGAACGACGCCUUGGCUGCUGGAGGAGCGACAGCUGCAUCGCAGCUGCCGCAGGCGUGCAGGGCAACGUCCCAGCAUGCAGCGUACGUACUGUUCACGUCGGGCAGCACAGGCACGCCUAAAGGGCUGGUGAUGGAGCAUGGGUCGGUAUGCACGAGCAUGGCCGCCAUCAGGACGAGGAUCGGCCUGACAGCUGAGACACGCAUGCUACAGUUCGCUUCCUACUCCUUCGACGUAUGCGUGUACGAGUCGCUAUGUCCACUUAUGUAUGGAGGCUGCGUUUGUGUGCCUUCCGAGGCGGACCGUUUAACGGGUCUAGACGAGUUCAUGAAUGCUGCGGCAGUCACCUGGGCCAGCUCAACGCCCGCGUUUGCAAGAACGUUGGAUCCCGACAGAGUCCGGAGCUUGCAAGUUUUUGUGAUCGGAGGCGAAGCGGCUGGUCAGGAUCUUCUACGGAAUUGGGUUGGCAAAAUUCGGUUGAUCAAUGCUUUUGGCCCGGCCGAGACGUGUGUCAUCAGCGCGUUUCAUGAGUAUGAAUCCGUGCACGACUCACCGCAAACGAUCGGAAGGCCAUUGGGCGGGUGCUGCUGGAUUGUCGAGCCGGAAGAUCACGAGCACCUGGCGCCGAUAGGGUGUGUGGGGGAAAUUGUGGUCCAGGGCCCAACCGUCUUGCGUGAGUACUUGGCAGAUCGGAAGAAGACAGAGGCGGCCAUAAAGACCGCGCCGGCAUGGAUGCCACGCCGAACGGAGGCAAAGUAUGGCCGGAUCUACAAGACGGGAGACUUAGCCUUCUAUAACCCAGGUGGGACAAUAGAGUUCAUAGGGCGAAAGGACUUACAGGUGAAGAUUCGAGGUCAGCGGGUGGAAUUAGGAGAGGUGGAGUAUAGCAUCCAAACGGCGACGGUACAGGGGGUUGAACAGGUGGCUGUCGAUGUCUUACAGACGAAGGCUGGAGGAGUGAGUCUUGUUGCGUACCUCUGCUUCAACCGAGAGACCACUCUGGCGGGCAUAGAGAGCGGGGAGGUCGCGGUCAAUGGACACGCAAUCAACGGCAACCCGGUCGAUGGCAACGAAGUCAACGGCAAGGCAGUCGAUGACGUGGAUGACUUAUUCUUACCACUGACAGACCCGGUGGACAAGCUGCUGCGGAGCCUGGCCAGAGAGUUGGGGAGGAAGCUACCUGGCUAUAUGGUGCCGACGAUGUUCAUCCCGUGCCGGUAUAUGCCGUUCAUCUCCACAACGAAGCUAGACAGGAAAAGGCUGCGACAAGAGACGGCGGAACUGGAUAGAGAGAGCAUAGCAAGGUAUUCCCUGCCGGAAUCUGAGAAGAAGCAGCCGCCAAAGACAGCGAAAGAGGCCCGGAUGCAACGGCUGUGGGCGUCGGUCCUUAAGGUGCCAGCGGAGACGAUCGGGCGCGAUGAUAGCUUCCUACAGAUCGGAGGGGACUCGAUUACCGCGAUCCGUUUAGUGUUGCUAGCACGCAACGAGGGCAUCACCUUGACGGUGGGGACUAUCUUGAAGUACGCUCGGCUAUCCCGUUUAGCCGCAAUGGUAGAAUGA